CCCUGCGGUGAGUGGAAGGAAUUCAGCACUCACUCUGCUCGCUCAGCAGCCAGGCCCAGGGAGCCUGGACCAUGGAAAAUCACGUGUGGUUUUCAAGCUGUCAGUAACCGAGAGGUUUGCCAGUGGGGAUGGCCGGCCACUGUCUGGAAGACCCAGGUUCACAUGGCUCAGGGAACCACUUCGCUCUGUGGGCUUGAGCAGCUGACCUCACUGGUGAAGUCCAGGCAGCUGGGCUGCAGAGAAGGAGCUAUCUCUCGGGACUUCCACCAGGGGAAGGAAAAGUCCUUGUCCCUUUGGUUCCUCAGAAGACCGUGUCCAGAAGGGACAACGUCUGAGGUCCCAGAGGCCUAAUGACGAAAGCCAGAUUUCUUGGACCUAUGAUUUAAGAAUGCUUCUUUCUACAUGUGCAUGGUGUUGUUGACCAGCUGAUCUGGGAGCAACUGAAGAAAAAGGGCUCAUAGGGCAUCAGUACCCAUGCCUUUACACUUCCUCAGCCUCCGUGUUGGGGCUGUUGCCACCGAGAGCCCAUAAGCCUCAGGUCUGCUGCCUGGUUCCCAGGUUCUUGCAGCCUCCUGCCCCAUUACAGCUCCUCACUAAGCUAGGGGGCCGACGGGGCCCACUGGCAGCUGAGAUGUAAACUUUCCCAUGUCAAUCAUCUGGGGGUCGCUAUUCUUUUUUAUCAGAGUGCCUCCCCACCUUGGUUGAAAGCUGCCUGCCACUGCCCUGGACCUAUGGCUGCUACAAGCCCACGUUCACAUCUUUAAUCCUUCAUGGGUAAAUGCUCUGGCAUUCCUGGGCUUAGCUAUGAUGGCCAUUAUGAGCCAGCCAACGUUUGUAUUCUAGAAGCCAUAGCUGAAGCUGUUGUAAACAAUUUGUUGUUUUAACCGCUUCUGGUCAGAGGAAGGAGAGAAAUAGCUAUUACUCCACAUUGGGACCUGAGCCCUGAGCUCUGAAGUGGGGCUCCUAUCUCCAUAAGGACAGCAGCUUGCUGAGAACAGCUUUUCACAGCCUUCCUCGCAAAAAUUGGCUCCAAAGACCUGGGAUGUUGGUGAUAACUGGACAAAGGUGACACCUGUGCAAGCACACAGCAGGUGACACUUUGAAGAGCUAACCUCCAGAAAGUGGAAAGGAGGCCUUCCUCCCCGCUAGGCGCCCUGCACCCAGACCCUCUAAACUGGGCGCUGACGCUGCUAUUAGUCUGGGCUCCGUGCUGCUCCGCCUCCCUCCCCCGCAGCCCCCGGUCCAAGGCCGGCUCCUCCUCCUCCCCCUCCGGAAACCCGAAGCCCCCGCCCCGGCCAGGCCGUCGCAAGCGCUCUGGAGGGCGGUCCGCGUGAGAGCCAGCCACGCGGGGCAGGAGCGCCCAGUUGCUGCCGGAGCUGGGCCCGCCAGAACCUCUCCUGGAGCCCCUUGCUCUCCUUGAAUCUCCCUUUCCCACCGCUUUCUGGAUACCCUUGACGCCCACGUUCCUCGCGCCCUUUCCCGCCCCUACGCGGGGCGCUGCCCCUGCCACCCAAGUCCCUGCUCAAGCCCGCCCGGCUCCCGCGCGUGCCCAGAGCCAUGGCUCCAGUGCGCACCGCAUCCCUGCUCUGCGGCCUCCUGGCACUGCUGACGCUGUGCCCUGAGGGGAACCCACAGACGGUGCUGACGGACGACGAGAUCGAGGAGUUCCUCGAAGGCUUCCUUUCGGAGUUGGAGACCCAGUCCCCGCCCCGGGAAGACGACGUGGAAGUCCAGCCGCUUCCCGAACCCACCCAGCGUCCCCGCAAAUCCAAGGCAGGGGGCAAGCAGCGGGCAGAUGUAGAAGUCCCUCCAGAAAAAAACAAAGACAAAGAGAAGAAAGGAAAGAAGGACAAAGGCCCCAAAGCCACAAAACCCCUGGAGGGCUCUACCAGGCCCACCAAGAAACCAAAGGAGAAGCCACCCAAGGCCACCAAGAAGCCCAAGGAGAAACCACCCAAGGCCACCAAGAAGCCCAAGGAGAAGCCACCCAAGGCCACCAAGAAGCCUAAGGAGAAGCCACCCAAGGCCACUAAGAGGCCCUCGGCAGGAAAGAAGUUCUCAACUGUGGCCCCCUUGGAAACGCUGGAUCGGUUACUCCCCUCACCCUCCAACCCCAGCGCCCAGGAGCUACCGCAGAAGAGAGACACACCCUUCCCAAAUGCCUGGCAAGGUCAAGGAGAAGAGACCCAGGUGGAGGCCAAGCAGCCCCGGCCAGAGCCAGAGGAGGAGACUGAGAUGCCCACACUGGACUACAAUGACCAGAUAGAGAAGGAGGAUUACGAGGAUUUUGAGUACAUCCGUCGCCAGAAGCAGCCCAGGCCAACACCCAGCAGGAGGAGGCUCUGGCCAGAGCGCCCUGAGGAGAAGACUGAAGAGCCAGAGGAAAGGAAGGAAGUCGAGCCACCUCUGAAGCCCCUGCUGCCUCCGGACUAUGGGGAUAGCUACGUGAUCCCCAACUAUGAUGACUUGGACUAUUAUUUCCCCCACCCUCCACCGCAGAAGCCUGAUGUUGGACAAGAGGUGGAUGAGGAAAAGGAAGAGAUGAAGAAGCCCAAAAAGGAGGGUAGUAGCCCCAAGGAGGACACAGAGGACAAGUGGACCGUGGAGAAAAACAAGGACCACAAAGGGCCCCGGAAGGGUGAGGAGCUGGAGGAGGAGUGGGCGCCAGUGGAGAAAAUCAAGUGCCCACCUAUUGGGAUGGAGUCACACCGCAUUGAGGACAACCAGAUCCGUGCCUCCUCCAUGCUGCGCCACGGCCUCGGAGCCCAGCGGGGCCGGCUCAACAUGCAGGCUGGUGCCAAUGAAGAUGACUACUAUGACGGGGCAUGGUGUGCUGAGGACGAGUCGCAGACCCAGUGGAUCGAGGUGGACACCCGAAGGACAACUCGGUUCACGGGCGUCAUCACUCAGGGCCGUGACUCCAGCAUCCAUGACGACUUCGUGACUACCUUCUUUGUGGGCUUCAGCAAUGACAGCCAGACCUGGGUGAUGUACACCAAUGGCUACGAGGAAAUGACCUUCUAUGGAAAUGUGGACAAGGACACACCUGUGCUGAGCGAGCUCCCUGAGCCAGUUGUGGCCCGUUUCAUCCGCAUCUAUCCACUCACCUGGAACGGUAGCCUGUGCAUGCGCCUGGAGGUGCUAGGCUGCCCCGUGACCCCUGUCUACAGCUACUACGCACAGAAUGAGGUGGUAACUACUGACAGCCUGGACUUCCGGCACCACAGCUACAAGGACAUGCGCCAGCUGAUGAAGGCUGUCAAUGAGGAGUGCCCCACAAUCACUCGCACAUACAGCCUGGGCAAGAGUUCACGAGGGCUCAAGAUCUACGCAAUGGAAAUCUCAGACAACCCUGGGGAUCAUGAACUGGGGGAGCCCGAGUUCCGCUACACAGCCGGGAUCCACGGCAAUGAGGUGCUAGGCCGAGAGCUCCUGCUCCUGCUCAUGCAAUACCUAUGCCAGGAGUACCGCGAUGGGAACCCGAGAGUGCGCAACCUGGUGCAGGACACACGCAUCCACCUGGUGCCCUCGCUGAACCCUGAUGGCUAUGAGGUGGCAGCGCAGAUGGGCUCAGAGUUUGGGAACUGGGCACUGGGGCUGUGGACUGAGGAGGGCUUUGACAUCUUCGAGGACUUCCCAGAUCUCAACUCUGUGCUCUGGGCAGCUGAGGAGAAGAAAUGGGUCCCCUACAGGGUCCCAAACAAUAACUUGCCAAUCCCUGAACGUUACCUGUCCCCAGAUGCCACGGUCUCCACAGAAGUCCGGGCCAUUAUUUCCUGGAUGGAGAAGAACCCCUUUGUGCUGGGUGCAAAUCUGAACGGUGGUGAGCGGCUUGUGUCUUAUCCCUAUGACAUGGCCCGGACACCUAGCCAGGAGCAGCUGUUGGCCGAGGCACUGGCAGCUGCCCGCGGAGAAGAUGAUGACGGGGUGUCUGAGGCCCAGGAGACUCCAGAUCACGCUAUUUUCCGCUGGCUGGCCAUCUCAUUUGCCUCCGCCCAUCUCACCAUGACGGAGCCCUACCGGGGAGGGUGCCAGGCCCAGGACUACACCAGCGGCAUGGGCAUUGUCAACGGGGCCAAGUGGAAUCCUCGCUCUGGGACUUUCAAUGACUUUAGCUACCUGCACACAAACUGUCUGGAGCUCUCCGUAUACCUGGGCUGUGACAAGUUCCCCCACGAGAGUGAGCUACCCCGAGAAUGGGAGAACAACAAAGAAGCGCUGCUCACCUUCAUGGAGCAGGUGCACCGUGGCAUUAAGGGUGUGGUGACAGAUGAGCAAGGCAUCCCCAUUGCCAAUGCCACCAUCUCUGUGAGUGGCAUCAACCAUGGUGUGAAGACAGCAAGUGGAGGUGACUACUGGCGCAUUCUGAACCCGGGUGAGUACCGUGUGACAGCUCACGCAGAGGGCUACACCUCAAGUGCCAAGAUCUGCAAUGUGGACUACGAUAUUGGGGCCACUCAGUGCAACUUCAUCCUGGCUCGAUCCAACUGGAAGCGCAUUCGGGAGAUCUUGGCUAUGAACGGGAACCGUCCCAUUCUCCGAGUUGACCCCUCACGACCCAUGACCCCCCAGCAGCGGCGCAUGCAGCAGCGCCGUCUACAGUACCGGCUCCGCAUGAGGGAACAGAUGCGACUGCGUCGCCUCAAUUCUACCGCAGGCCCUGCCACAAGCCCCACUCCUGCCCUUAUGCCUCCCCCUUCCCCUACACCAGCCAUUACCUUGAGGCCCUGGGAAGUUCUACCCACUACCACUGCAGGCUGGGAGGAGUCAGAGACUGAGACCUAUACAGAAGUAGUGACAGAGUUUGAGACAGAGUAUGGGACUGACCUAGAGGUGGAAGAGAUAGAGGAGGAGGAGGAGGAGGAGGAGGAAGAGAUGGACACAGGCCUUACAUUUCCACUCACAACAGUGGAGACCUACACAGUGAACUUUGGGGACUUCUGAGACUGGGAUCUCAAAGCCCUGCCCAAUUCAAACUAAGGCAGCACCUCCCAAGCCUGUGCCAGCAGACACAUAGCCAUCAGAUGUCCCUGGGUGGACCCCACUCCCCCAGUGUGGGACAUCAAAGCUACCGGGACUCUGCAUAGACUCUGGUCUACCCGCCCCAGCUCUACCUGCCAGCCUUUGGGGAGGGGCAGGCAAGGAAGCCAACGUCACAUCAAUAAAACAAGCUCAUGACACCACC